UCCCGGCCGCCCCGGCCAUGGCGGAGCUUCUGUGGCGGCUCUGCAAUCUCUUCAUGGCCGCCUUCUUCGGGCUGGCGGCCGCCGUGCAGGUCAACGACCCCGACGCGGGGCUGUGGACGGUUGUCUACUUAGUGCCAGCUGCCCUGACACUGCUUGUCAGCAUCAACCCUUCAAUAACAGACAAUGGUGUUUGGAGGAGCCUCUGUGACCUUCAUUCUGCUGGCUGUGUUGUUGGGACCGUUGCCUUGGCUUGCUCUUUGUUUGCUUACGCUCAAGGAAACAUUUUUCAUGAAGAGGAAGGCAGAGAGUUGUUUGGUCUGGUGAUUAUUACAAUAUGGAUGAGUCUUUGUCGCAGUUCAGCAAAGAGUCCUCUGAGAGGAGUUCGCUUGGUUGCUGCAGUUGUUGUUGCCCUCUUCCCCUUUGUUUCGUGGCUGUACAUUUAUGUCAACAAAGACAUGCGAGAGUCUUGGCCAACACACUGCAAAACCGUGAUUUAAUUGGGUGGGAGAAAGUCUACAGUAACUGUGCUGACUGUACUUGCCUUUGUUUUUGGUGCUUAACAAAAGGUGAGUGUCAGUUUGAUAGGACCCAAGAAUAUCUGGCUGCUUCCAGCAGUGCCAGUUGAGAUUGGGUAAAAUGUUGAGGAACACCCUCAAAUCUGAGUGGGGAAAUUAUCUAUGGCAACUGUUCACCUUGCUGGUUCUUACAUUUUCCAAGCACCAUUGAUCUAAUGUCUAUUCUGAUGGUAUAUUCAAGAUAUCAUUGCAUCCCUGGAUCACUCUCCCAUCACCUCACAGAUUGGGAAAUUACUGUUCUGUAACAUAAGGGACAAGUAAAACAAAUACUGUUUUAAUAAAUGACUAUUUACAGCCAUAGAACUUUCAAAAAUGUGCCUGGAUAAUCCAUUUCAGAUUUACUGGAAAACUGAGCAGUCUGUAUUUCUGUCCCGUGCUAAAAUAAUUUGUAGAAUAUAUCUGAAAAAAUUAUUUUUGCUAUUAUCUUGAAGUGAAAGCCACUGUUUUAUUGAAUA